AAUCGAUUCGGCGAGGAUCUCGGAUCGGACCUCUGGAAAUAUUUCAGCAAUGUGGCAUCCGAAAAGUGUGAUAUGGAUGUGGAACUUUUUGCACAGAAAAUUCUAUCACUGAUUGAUGGUACAUCGGACUGCUACAUAGAAGUAUUAUCGACAGCCGAUCAGAUAAUUCGACUGUGUGCAAAUAAUGCCGGGAUUUUUGAUUUGGAUGCACAGUUCAUGGAUAUUAUCACGGAGGAUAUGGUGAAAAGAGGCACGUCGUGUGAAUCGCUGAUUGCGUGGAAGAACGAGAAUUGUGCGAGGAUGUGUAGUGCACUGCAGAUGCACGUCUUGAGGCAGCUCAAUCUGAUCACUCACCUGUGGAAUUUCAGAUUCGAAACGAAUGUGUUUGAUUAUCGUGGUCCAACAGUGUCGAUAUUCCAUCUGCAAGAUGGUCAGAUCUUUGUUUUAGCAGUCGAUCAAGAAUGGAGACACAGUGGAUCAAAAUUCGGUUCAGUUGAUAGUGUUCUCAUAGAACUGCAACCGAAAUUCAAGAGGAUUCAGAAAGGUUCAUCAGUAUAUUGCAAUUUGAAACUGAGGAAUUAUCCGAUGAAAUUAUCGUUCGAUGCAAAUGAAAUGAGUAUUGACAAGGAGAUGAGUGAAGUGAUCGCUGUCGAGGUGUUUGGAUGUAGUUCUGAGAAAACACUGCAAGAGCAACACAAACAAAAAGACUGGCAACGAAAACAAGUGGAAAAAAAUAAAAAGGUACCUCUUCCUGGGAGAUGGGACGACAAUCCAGAUAAGUUUAUACUCGAGCUGGGUGGUGUUUAUUCGACCGCUGAUAGACGCGAAGUUUUUAGAAGAGACGAUUGA